GCUGCCAAAAUGUCUACAGGUGCACCUGCAGGUUCAAGUGCUGCUGCUGGCAGUAAUCGAAGGCUUCAGCAGAUGCAAAAUCAAGUAGAUGAGGUGGUGGACAUAAUGAGAAUUAACGUGGAUAAGGUGUUGGAAAGAGACGAGAAGCUCUGCGAGUUAGACGACCGUGCAGAUGUGCUGCAGGCAGGCGCCUCUCAGUUUGAAACAAGUGCUGCCAAGUUGAAGAGAAAAUACUGGUGGAAGAAUUGCAAGAUGUGGGCUAUAGGGAUUAGUGUUCUGGUCGUCAUCAUCAUCAUCAUCAUCAUGUGGAAUGUCUCUUCAUGAAGAACCGGUGAAACUCAAGCCUGCUGUUAAAGAAACCUCAAGACUUUUGAAGUAGAACCUGCCUUAUUAUCAAGCUUACCUACUGUUAAUAUCUAAACUGGUUAUUUUUGUUAGUUAAUGUAAAGUUCAGUUUCUAGGAAAUGCGCCUUUUUUUUUUUUUAACACGCACUCCAAAUUGUAAGUAUGGCCAGCCCCGUCCACAUUUUGCAUAGUGCCUUUACAGAUUUACAUAUGGGCUGAUGAAGAGGACCUCUUAA